AUGGAUUCUAGUCUCUUCCAGGCAAUUGAGGAAAUUAAGGAUUUUUUCCAGCAUCUCUCUGAGCAACAUACAAAACAGGCAGAAACCCCAGAUGCACCAGAACCACAGUGCUGCAUGCCUCUGCCCGCCCAUGCUGAGGAGAGCCAACACGAGUCAACUCAGAACAAAACCAUGCCUCCCUUGGAGCUCACAAUGACUUCUGCAUGCACUAACAUCCCUGGGACAGUUCCCACCCAGGACUUAACAGUGCACCUUCUUAAAGCCCUUGAUAUGUCCCUUGAAGACCUAAGUGAGACUUCUUCCAUGGGCCAGACAGUGACUUCCUUUGAUCAGAUAAAACACACAGCUGGUUCCCAGAUGACAGAUGUUACUGACACCCCAAAGACAUCACCCACUGAUUGCCAGAAGACAACCAUCACUGCAAGCAACAUGACAAUCUCCAGUGAAGGUAGCCAGCUGAAGACCCUAAGCAGUGACCAGACCCUCAGUGAGAGUCAGACACAAGCCCUGCGUGGAGAUCAAAUGAAGACCCUCAGUGAUAACCAGACUCUCUAUGGGGACCAGAUGACCUUCAGUAGUGACCAGACCCUCACUGAUGGUCAUACAGGGACUUCCAGUGGCGAUGAGGCCCUCUCUGAGGGCCAGAUGAUAACCAGCCUAGACCUCUACGUAGGGCAAAUGAUGACUUCCAUUGAUAAUCAGACCCUCUGUGGGGAGCAGACGACGACCUCCACUCAUAAUCAGGCCCUCUACCAGGGGCAGGUGACGACCUCCACUGAUAACCAGGCCCUCUGUGGGGAGCAGACAAUGACCUCCACUGAUAAUCAGGCCCUCUGUGAAGAGCAGACGAUGACCUCCACUUCCACUGGUAACCAGGCCCUCUGUGGGGGACAGAUGGCAACCUCCACUGCUAGCCAGGCCCUCUACGGGGGACAGAUGAUGACCUGCAUUGGUAACCAGGCCCUCUGUGGGGGACAGAUGAUGACCUCUAUUGAUAACCAGGCCCUCUAUGGGGGACAGAUGAUGAUCUGCACUGAUAACCAGGCCCUCUGUGGGGGGCAGAUGAUGACCUCCACUGGUAACCAGGCCCUCUACGGGGAACAUAUGAUGACCUCUAUUGAUAACCAGGCCCUCUACGGGGGACAGAUGAUGAUCUGCACCGAUAACCAGGCCCUCUGUGGGGGGCAGGUGACGACCUCCACUGGUAACCAGGCCCUCUACGGGGGGCAGGUGACGACCUCCUCUGGUAACCAGGCCCUCUGUGGAGAGCAGACGAUGACCUCCACUUCCACUGGUAACCAGGCCCUCUACGGGGGACAGAUGAUGACCUGCAUUGGUAACCAGGCCCUCUACGGGGGUCAGGUGACGACCUCCACCGGUAACCAGGCCCUCUACGGGGGGCAGGUGACGACCUCCACCGGUAACCAGGCCCUCUACGGGGGGCAGGUGACGACCUCCACCGGUAACCAGGCCCUCUACGGGGGACAGAAUAUGACCUCCAUUGAUAACCAGGCCCUCUAUGGAGGCCACAUGGCAAUAUAUAGUGACAACUCGACCCUCUCUGGGGUCCAUAUGCUGACCCUUCAGGCAGGCAAUAUGACAACCCUCACUGGUGACCACAGCCUUUAUGGGGGAUAUAUGACAUCCUAUCAGUCCUCAUUGUCAUACCCGGGAUUCCUAUGCUUUCCAAGUUCCCAUUUGAUUCAAGGACAACUCUCAGAAAAGCAGAAGACCCAGAGCAGCCAGUUCUGGAAGAAUCCUAAGAUUUCGAAGCCCUUCAAAUGCCCACAUGAGGACUGUAAGAACUCUUAUUCAAAGGCUUGCCACCUCCGAACCCACAUGCGCAAGCACACUGGGGAGAAGCCCUUCGUAUGCAACGUGGAGGGAUGUACGUGGAAAUUCAGUCGCUCAGAUGAGCUCAACAGACACAAGAAAAGGCACACUGGAGAACGGCCCUACCUGUGCCCAGUUUGCAACAAGAAUUUUGCACGAUCUGAUCACCUGAGGCAACAUGCAAAGGUCCACAGCAUUUGCCGAGAAUUAUGA